GGGUAAACGAUAGCAGCGACGACCAUAACCGAACCGAAUGUGCCGAACGUAAUGCGAGCAUUUUCAGUUUGAAUUUAGAUACGAAAGCAUUUGGGAGUAUCUCGAAGAUACGCGGUUGAUGAAAAUAUACAACAACAAUAAAACACACACACAAAUCUAUUACAACAUUAAAGCCAAGCAUUACAAAAUCAACCAACAAUUCUAAGUGAAACGGCUGGAAGUUGGAAAAAUACGUUACUACGAAGAAAUUUUGAAUUUUAAUUUCGUAAAGACGAAACUUGGAAAAUAAACUCAAAUAUUUUUUUUUGACAAAAAAAUUGAAAAAAAAAAAUUAACGAAAAUUGUGAAUUAAAAAAAUAAGUAUUUUAAUUUUUUCUUUGGGGAAAAAUUAUAAAACAACGUGGGCGAUUAUGUUAACGGCAAAUCUUACUUAGAGCGGAAAAAGUGCGUGCGUUCGUUCGUUCCUGCGUGCGUGCGUGCCAUUAGCAAAGUUUAGUGAAGAGUGCUUUUGUGAAUGAUCGGUGAAAAUUAUGCUGCUGAUCCUCAACAUUGCCAAAAACCGCCAAACACCGCAACUCUUUCUCUCGCCGUGAGUUACGUGAAAAAUAGCAACAAAUUCACGGCGGAAACAUGUUGGGCCAGCCGCCGCAAAACCCCACCGAAUAAAUCCCAAAAACAAAUCUAACUUAACCCAGUAAAGAAAAGAGCAAAUCUCGAGUAGUAAAACAUAUAUUUCGUUUUUUUUUUCCUGCCAAGAGACCCCAAACAUGGGCGCUUCACUCACCAAACACCAGCACCGCCAGCAGCAGCAGCGGCUCUCGCUGCUGUCAAAUUAUUAUCGGUCGCAAUUUCGAUUUCAGUGAGCGAAUGUGUGUCUUAUGGUGCGGCCGCAAACUUUUACGAAUUACGAAACGCUAAUUGUUUGCUGAUAGUGAGUGGUACGAAAAAACAACAACAACAACAACAACGCCAGCAAAGAAUCAAAAAAAAAGCGCUAAUCUGUCGCAAACGAAUACCGCGCUAUCUGCCAUGUGAAAAUCUUCACAAGAAGUGUUUCUCGUAACAAGUGAUUUCAUGAAUGAAUGAAAAAAGAAAAAUUUAUCGCAAGUGCAGUGGAGGAAUAUCCUGGCUGGCUCUCAGGCCCGGCUGCAGUUGUUGAAAAAUAAACAAGUGAAAAAUUACAAUUUUCCCCGAGAAAACCGCGAGUCAUUAUUGUGUCGAACCGAACAAAGUCAAACACCUUCUAAUGGACUACGUGCGCUUUGACAAACCGCAAAAUACAAAAAAAAAAAAAUAACGCAACGAUAAGCAGAGCAAAACAAUUUUCCGGUUUUUGUGUCAAUUAAUAAAAAAAAAAAGAAAUAAAAAAUAAAAAUUUGCCAAAAAAAGUUUGAAUUAUCAGAAAAAAAUCUUUUACGCAAAUACAAGCCCCCCCGCCACCCAACCAAUCGAUACGAUACGAAUUUGAAAUGUGUCCAAAGCCAAUGAAAACAAGAUAAUCACAGAGCCAUUAAUUAAUACCCCAAAAUACAACUCCAAAACAACAUCGACAACAACAACAAAAAAGUGAAAUCGUUACAAUUUUAAUUCAAUUAUUUUUUUCUUGUUCGAAAAGUCAAAAGAAAAUCAUCGAUUUUCAUCUGUGGCAAUGUUUGAAACAAAGCAGUUAAAUGAAAUCGAUUUUGAAAAUUUUGAAAUAACCAAAAGGAAGAAAAAAAUUAUUAUUAUCAAGAGAAAUAAGUGAAAAAAAAAAUAUUGAAGAGUACAAAAAAAGUGUUUGAUUGAUUUGGAAAAAAAAAAUAAAUAAAUAAAAGAAAAACAUCGAAGCCUCAACUUUAAUGAAAGAAAUAUAUUCUUCAACAUUUUGCCAAUAAAUCGGAGGAAAAAUUAAUAUUUACAAAAAGCUACAACGACCUUCACCGGGUGGAAGAGGACUAUGAAAUAACAUCACGGCUUAAAGGAAAUAUUUCUGUGCAAAAAAAAUACUUAUUAUCGGCAUCACUUUCUAAAACGACAGCAAUCGAAGAUAAAGUGAAUAUUUAAACGACAGAAAAGCGGUAGCGUCGGCCCGCCUUAGUUGCCGUUUAUCGGUCACGCUCGUGUCAUUCAAAUGUACCGUAAAAUGAAAACGACAGUUGAAUUUGAAAAAUGCAUUAUCAACGCGGAAGACGAAGAUGAAAAUCAUAAACGAUUUUUCAAACUCAACUGUGAAACUUUGGUGAUGUACAAAAGAUAUGCCCAAAAUAUGGUAACCUAAGUUCCAACCUAAGUCAGGAGAAAAAAGUCAAGUGAGCAAAAAAAAAAAAAGAAAACGAAACGAUAAAUACAUUAAAGAAGUUAAUAAUAAAUACAACGAAAAAUAAUUAAUAAUAAAGAAAUAGUGUCAAAGAGCAACAAAUCAAUAAAGUCAUAAUUCAAGUCAAGCAAAACAAAAAAAUAUUGGAAAAAAAUAAUUAAAGCAAAAAAAAAAAGAAAACAAGUUUUAAAUUAAAUUAUUUAACAAUUUCGAUUUCGCACAAUUAACAAGGGGAGUUACGUGGUACGCAAUCGACAACCAAGACAACAGCAGCAACAACAACGGCAACAGGUAGCAGCGUGGCUUGGCCUACAGUGUUGCAUUGUUGUUUACUUCUCCGAUCAUUGUUAACGAACAAUUAACAACAGCAGCAACAACAUUUCUUGUUGUUUUUUGGGCGUGCAGCGUUCAACAACAACCACCACGACAAUCGGCAAUCAGUUCAGCGGCACGGCUCAACGACGUUGUCAUUAUCCAUUCACCACCAACAACCACCACCAUUAGCCUAUACAAAUGCGAAGAAACCUGCGUUUAGACUGGAGGGCCCUGGCACUGUUGGGUGCCCUCCUCUCGAUUAUUAUCGAUUGGCCGGGCUUAAUGUAUGCCAUGCCAACAAUUUUGCCACCCUUGGCACUGGCUGCACCAGCAACAGACACCUUAAAUGUGAUUAAAAACGAUAAAAUCUUAAAUGUCUUGAAUCCUUACGAACAUGACACCGCGAUGCAUGUUCAGCCUAGUGUAAAGGACGAAUUUAACGUCUACGAGUUGUUGUUAACAACAACAAAUCGGCCAUUUAGUGAUUUACAAGAAACACAACGAACGACAACCCCAGAAGGGAGGAUAGCUGAAGAGGAUAUUUCCGUUUCCACAAUGGAAACGCUGGAAAUGCAAACGGAACGACGACAUCAUCACCAGCAGCAGCAGCAGCAGAUGAUGAUGAUGAAUGAGAAGGAAGAGAAGGAGGAGGCAAACGAGAAUCUAAAUAGUAUUAGUCAAAACGAUAUUGAUCGUAGAACAACAACCAUCACAACCACCACGCAAGAAGCAUCAGUGGAUAAUGUAAGCGAUUUACAGAGUCCACCAGAAGUCAGUAAAGAAGAGGAAGAAGCAGCAGUGUCAUCAACAAAUACUCAUAUCAUGGACUCAUGGACAACCAGCACCCAGCCACCAACCACAAUUCCGCCAUUCCCAUCAACGACGACCACCGAAUCAUCAGCCCAAAUACAAUCGACAUUAAUGCCCAGCACCGUUAUCGAUAACGAUAAUGCCAGCCUUACCAAAGAAAACAAAACAAAGGCCCAGAGCUCAGAUGUACGUUCCAUAUUUCAGUUCUCUUCGUCACAUCAUCUGGCCAUAUUGUCCAGAACAGAGCGUAGCAUACGUUCCUCAUCAUCAUCUUCAGUGAAUGCCAAAAAUACAAGUGGUCCCACGACAUCACAUUCAUCAAUGGGCAUUGGCGGCGGCGCGGUCAGUGGUCGUGGCAUUGGCUCUGGCGGGUCUGGUCUGGUGCGACGUUCAUCCGAUAUGGGUGGCAUGAAAACCAAAAGACUGAAUAAUUCUAGACAUUUACAUACUAAAAAUAAUUUGGAUCGCAAUGAACGUUCAACGGUGUCCCAUCUGUCGGGUCCAUCGCGUAAAAUACAAUUGUAUAUAAAAAAUCGCUUCUUACAACUGAUGCCGGAUGGUACGGUCAAUGGAACGCCAGAUGAUCAAAGUGAAUACACAAUACUACAACGUUCUACUGUGGAUGUGGGGCGUAUUAAAGUUCAAGGCGUUGCCACUUGCCUGUAUUUAUGCAUGGAUCCAUGCGGUGCUGUGUAUGGCUCGAAAGAGUUCACCGACGACUGUGUCUUCAAUGAAAACAUGGAACAACACAACUACAACACCUAUUCGUCCACCUACAACUCGAAUUCAAGGCGAAAAUACUAUUUGGCAUUGAAUCGCCAUGGCGAACCGAGAAAACUGCAAAUACCACCCACCCGUUCGCUGGGCAAACUGGCGACCUAUACGAAUGCCAUUACCGAAGCGGUGCCGCAAGAGCGUGUCGAACAGCUGAUUGCAAAGAAUUUCGGGGCGAAUCGCAUCAAGCAUGGCAUACGUCAACUCUGUGAUACUGGCAAACCAUUGAUCGAACUGAUCGAUAGUAAAAACUUUAAAGCACAUCCGAAGUGCAAUCCAAACAGUAGUAGUAGUAGUAGUAGCAAUAGCAAUAGUAAUAGCAAUAACAAUAGUCAUAACACAGCUAGCAGUAAUAAAAAUAGUAAACAUAAUUUAAAUAGCAGUAGUCAUAGUCUAGGCAAUAGCAAUAGUGGCCAAUUAUUGAACAACGUUCCUGCUGCCAAUGAUAAAACUAAAUUAAGCAAUAGCUCUAGUUCAAGUGGUAGAAAUAGUAAUAGCAACAACAGCAACAACAAACCAGAAACAAAUCAGCGCAAUAGCAGUAGUAGUAAUAGCAGUAGCAGUAGUAAAAACAAUAGCCACAGUAGUAUUAGCAAUAGUCAAAAUAAUGGCCAUAUUAGCAAUAGCAGUAGUAAUAGUAAUAGCAAAACAACAACAGCAACGACGACAGCAACAACAAAUGGUAGUAAUUCGAAAGGCAGAGGGAAGAAGCUGCGCAAGUGUCGUCCACAUGAAAAUGAGGAGGAACACAAUUGCCAGCGUAGGCCACAGGCAUUGCAGAAGCAAGGCAAACAGAAACGGUGCAGGGAACUAAUGCUGAAACAACAACAGGAGGGUAUCACAGACAUCGUAUUGCCGCCCAUGUGCAAAAAGAAGGGCCCCAAGAAACAGGGUGCCAAGAACAAGCGUCCUGCCGGCGAGGGUCGUAACAAGAAUGGCCUGGGCACCGAUGGCUUGGGUCCCAACAACAGAAGAGGGAAAAAGCUAAGUGGAGGCCUGGGCAGUGGCGGUGCUGUGCCGGCAACGGGUGGUGGUCGUCAGGCCGCCAAACAAAAUGGUGGUAAUGGCGGCAAUGGCGCUGGUGGUGCAGGCGCCGGUGGCCAAAAGAAGAAACAAAAGAAUCCCAAACGGGGUGGAGGAACGGCUGGCGGCACCGGUGUCAAUGGCAAAAAUAAAAAGCAACAAAAAACUACCACAACGACAACCGAAAGAACCUCUACAAGCCCCUCUACCUCAACGCUUGAGUCAAGCUUUUGGGAAACCUCAUCCCUGAUGCCGUCAUCGACUCUCUUCGACACAUACGAUCCACAUGCCGAGAGUACAAGUGAUCGUGGCGAUCGUGAGCAACGCAACGUAAGAUACUCCAAUUCCAUGGAGGAGUCCAUGGAAGUGUCCUCAGAAGACACCUCAGCGGCCGCUGAGGACAAUGAGAACGAAGACGACGAUGAUGGCUACACUGGUGAUGGCGAGGAAGAUGCCAGCUAUGAAGAUGAUUCAUUUGUUUCGAGCAGCAGCAGCAGUCUCACGCCUCAUGCUGAGGCAGACAUAGCAAAUCCCCCCAUAGCGGGGGGCGCUGAUGAUUUCCUGUAUUACGACACCCUUGAUGUCCUACCCAUUGGCCUUUGGGAAUUGAUAGCUGGCAUAUGGAUACUCGUCUGGAGUCUACAAGUAAUCAGCUGAUAGUAAAUUUGUCCUGCUAAAGUGCUACGGGUACCUAGGUUUUCAUGAUUAUGUUUAUUAUUAUUGUUUUAUAAUCGCAUAUUCUAAAGAGAAAUGUUUUUAAAAAAGAAAAAAAAUAUUAUUGUAUUAUAAUCACAUAUUCUUAAGUUCAUAGCUACUAUAUAUAAUUGAAAUGCCAUACUAUUAUUAUAAAUUGUAACGCAAUGUUCCUGCUUUUAGUGUUUUUUUUUUAUAAAUUCUUAUAAAUGUUGUAUGUAUGUUAUUAUAUUUUGUAUAUAUCUAGUAUUAUUACAAAUUUUAAAGUCAACAUAUUUGUACUCAUACAUACGAUCACUUUACGAGAACGUCUAGGAAGAAAACCGAACUGUACAUACUGUACAAACGAUUUAAAAUAUUUCUUAACAUUUUCUCUCUCUAUAUACUUUGCAAUGGUAUAGAGAUUUAGGAAAAUGCCAAGAAACAUAACGAACUACAUUAAUAUAUGUAUUUAUUUUUUAUGUUAUUAUUAUUGCUUUUUAGU